UGAAAUCAACGCUCACUUUAGCCAUUUUAUCUUGGGAUAGACUGGGACUGUGGGGUGUCAAUAGGCACAUCUUUAAAUGUCAACAAUAAAUGAGCAUCAGCUCUGUUGUGAAGUUAUGAUGACGUAGAUGGAGUAAGCAAAGUCCAGACGAGAGAAUAGUGGCUGUGCGCGCGCGUGCAUAGUGUUUGUAUUGACCGAAAUACCUUUAAAGCAGAACUGCUGGGGUUCGGCAGAAUCAGCGUGUUCGGUCCUAAACAUAUGCUUGGAUGACAGGUGUUUGUUGUUGUGAUAAAACUAGUGAGUUUGUGAGUCAGAGUUGCUGUGGCUACGAAAGCUCCCAGUUGCGCUGCGCGGAGUUGAACCCCAGUAGGAGCAGCAGCCAGGAGAGGACGACUUUGCCUGACCUCGUUCGCGCUUUGAAUAUGUUCAAAUCCGUCAAGUUUUGCGCUCGAGAACCUCCGAACUCAUGGUGAAGAGAAAGAAGACGCCGUCCGCGUCCGAAGAGCUCGAGAAUGGGAUGACAGUGGGCCAAGGGGGCGGUUCGGGAGUCGAGGGGCCGAGCAAACCGGACCGAAAGCCCGAAGGAGGCGAGGAUGGAGAGAGCGCAGAUCAGGCGAGCGAGGAGACGAGUACAAAGAGAGUCGGAGAGGAAACACUUAAUCCAUCCAGCACGGCCAGCCCCGGUUCGGCUCCCGCUCCUUCCACACACACGUCAAGCCCACCCGAACCACAGGUGAACCCGACAGCUCUUUCUCCGGGGCUGGCCGUCCCGAACAACCAGGACCAGCAUCAUUUUCUCCGCUCCAGUGUGCGACCUCCGAGCAAGCGGAUACGAAAAGAUGCCUCGUCCCCGGCGCUGAACGGUCACGGCGGUGCGAAAGCGAAAGGUGCAGAAGCAGGUCCCUCUGUGUGCGUGGCAGCCGCUGCAGGUUCAGCUGGAGGCUCUGGGGCAGGUGGGACAUCCAGAUCGGCCCCAAAGGGCCAGGGCCCUGCAGAGAAGGAGGAAGGGGGGAGUCAGAAACGAGUGCGCAGACAGUGGGAGUCCUGGAGCACGGAGGACAAGAACAGCUUUUUUGAAGGACUUUAUGAGCAUGGGAAGGAUUUUGAAGCCAUUCAGAACAACAUUGCUCUUAAAUAUAAGAAGAAGGGAAAACCUGCAAGUAUGGUGAAGAACAAGGAGCAGGUGCGCCAUUUCUACUACCGGACUUGGCACAAGAUCUCUAAACACAUUGAUUUCAACAACGUGUAUUCACGUGUGCUGAAAAAGUCCUCUCAGGAGCUCUAUGGCCUCAUCUGUUAUGCUGAACUCAGGAAGAAGGUUGGAGGAUUGAUGGAUGACAAAAACGUGGCCAAACUAAAUGAGCUUAUCCAACAGGGGGCCACCACAGUGCGUUCCAAAGGCAGAAACCUGAGGAUCAAAGCUCCAAUGUGCCGCGCACUGAAGAAAAUCUGCGACCCUGAUGGUGUGAGUGAUGAGGAGGAUCAGAAGCCUGUGCGUUUACCCUUGAAGGUGGCCGUUGAACUUCAACCUCGGAGCAACCACUCAUGGGCUCGGGUUCAGAGACUAGCCCAUAAUCCUCGGCUCAGGAUGGUCAUCGAAUUGCACCGGAAGGUCUCCACUCUUAUUGAAUUCCUGAAGCAAAAGUGGGCCGUCCAAGAUCAGCGAAUUCGCAAGAGCUUGGCAGAACGAGAAGCUCUUGAGGGCCUGGCCCAGUCUAGCGAGUCCGAGGACCUGUUCCUGUUUCCGGCAGAGAGCAGCACAGUUACUGCUUUGCCUGGUGUUGCUCGAGUCGUGCACUCAAAAGCUUCCUGCACGGUACAUUGGCAGGAGAGUGGACGAGGACGGACUGGUAUUCGAGAUUUGCCUGCCGCUCACAUUCUGGGAAUUCAGCCUGCUAGAGGAAAAUCUGGCAAGCCUGGCCCAAUAGGAGGAGACUCGAAAAGAACUGACGGACAUCCCGUUGAAGGUUCUGAUAGUAGUAGCACUUCAGCAGCAGGUUUAGAGACCAGUGCAAACCCAAACGUGAACACUACCUCUCCAGUCAGUCCAACCAUCACUCCAUCGCUGUCCAUUGGCCCUGAGGGAAAUCCAGCAGGCUCUGCAGAGCAAGAGCCAGCAAGUCAGACUCAGACUGAUGCUGGUGGAGGGGAUAAACAAAUCGAGACUAUCACUCAGGGAGACCCUGCCUUUUUAGAGAGCCGGACAGAGGAGCCUGUAACAGCAGGAGGGGUUGCAUCAGAAAAAGCACUGCCACAAUCAGAGGCUCAAGGACGUGUUGAAGAAGUGGUCGGGACUGGACGAUCUCCUCAACAGAUCCGAGAGGAAGGCUGGAGCUCACAGGUCUCUGAGAACGUGACGCUGGCAGAACUCUACCUCAUGCUGGGCAAGCCUGGGAAACUACAACUGGAGUAUGAAUGGCAGCCCAAGCCAAACCCCCCCUCAGUUCUACCCAACUCUCAAAAUGUGCUUCGGUGUCUCCUGAGACUCGUGUCAUCAGAGGUCAACCCCAAACCUACCCCAGAGGUGUGUUCAGUUGGCACUUCACCAUUCAAGUCAGGUCAAGAGGAGUCGUCUGGGACUCCUCCAGGCAGGACUCCAGCUGGGGCCAACCGCAGUCCUAGCUGGGGUCGACAGCAGCAUGCAGCACGCUCAAAAAUUCUUCUGAACAAUCCAGGUGGAAGGAACCUUCCUCGCUCUUUGCUGGCCUCUGGAGGAGACAGUGAAGGAUUUGCCGUCCCGACGACCCUGCCUCCUAACAGCUCCCGUCAGUCGCGGAUGUUCUCCCCUAAUAAGGAGGCAGAGCUCGCUUUUCGCCAACAGCUGGACUCCAUCAGCUCAGAUAUAUUUUCGAAGCAGAGGAAAAUAGGGAGGGGUCGUCCACUGAGGAAACCUCUGGUGGUUCAGAGAACAUUGCUGCCACGAACAGCUGGAGACACUUCGCCUCAUGUGUGCUCGUUCUCCAUCCUCUCAAAUUCAUCUGCUACAGGCACUGGAUCCUUUCGUCCGAUACAAACACGUCUUGCCCCAAACCGCCAACUCUCCUCAAAAGCUUCAUCCACUACCGGUAGUCCUGCACCUGUUACUCAGCUCUCCAGUGCAAUUGAUCUGGCAGCAAAAUCUGCAGGCAUUAUCCCUGGCAGCCCCUGUCGUGAAGUAGAGACCCCUAAUAUAGACAAGGCCAUUGUGGAGUCUGACGAGGCCAUGGGCUCUGCACCUGCAGCACCUGAGAUGGAGCCUGAUAUACUGGACCACGAGCCUUCUGAGCAGGAAUCCCUCCAGAAUGGCGUUUCUCCACCAUCACCAGGAGGCGGAGAGUCUCUUUUGGCCCCACCCAGUGUUGCCUCCCUACUGGAUAUCUCCCUGCCGGGCCCCCCAGAGGAGUCUCUUCCUUCUGGAGAACCACAAACUCAAAUUAGCGACUCGAUUAUUGAGCUCGCCAUCAACUCGCACUAUGGAGAUGGAUCAUUGCUCUCACCUCCUAAGCUGAAUGGGAGUGAUAGAUCUAAGCUCCUACCCUCUUCAUGUGACAGCUGGAUGCCGUCCCCCACUCAUGACCCUCAGUGGUACCCCAAUGACUCUACGGAUUCAAGCCUGGGCUGUCUGCUCUCAAGUCUGGCAUCUCCUGAUAAGACGAGAAGAACAGCCCUGCCCCCAUCCAGUAGCACAGCCUUACUUGGGCCCAGUUUACUAGAUAGCAACUCCCAUGAUUGUUUUCAGUCCCGCGGCCUGCCGGACGCAGCCGAGGUGGAUACCCAGCUGGCCUGUAUGAUGAGCGAGAGCAGCGUCGACUACAUCGCCCGCUUCAAUGACCUCGCGCAGGAACUGUCCGUCACAGAGACGACCCUUCCGCCGUCUCAUGGAGACUGAUGCAGGAGGUGGAGCCUCUCACUCUUUCAUAUUGGACCGAAGAAUGUUAACCAGAGUGCGACUGAGCUGUAGGAAGUGCAAUAGACUGGCAGGGUCCACAACAGCCUUUGGGGCUCUAAUGUGUGUGUGUUGAUCAUUCUGUAGCUGUUGUCUUAUGAGUCACACCCAGGAUACUUAAACAACAACAAAAACUCCAGUUUACAGCGCAACCUCAUGUAUAGAAAACAUAAGACCUGCCAUAUUGUCUAUAUAUCUGUCUUUUCUUGUCUUUGUCUUUUGUCUGCAUGCGUGUGCAUGCAUCUGGAAGUGGAGCCGCAGAUUGUAUGUGUGUUUUGUCUUUGUGACUUCUUUCAAUUGUACAAAACACAUUUUUGAAAAACCCUCUAAAAGCCAUAGGAGAUUGUGUGGACACACUCCCGUGUAUGAGACGCGCUUUACUCUGACCUCACAAUCUGAUUGGGUUAUUUUUAUCUGAAUGUUUGAGUUGGUGAAAGCCACACUACUAAAAGGGACAAGGGCUCCUUUUCAUGAGAUUAUCAUCAUUACAGGGACUGGAUAUCUAACAAACUCUAAACAAAAUGACUGAUAACACAAAUGCAGUGUAGUUGCAUCAAAGGUAGGGUUGAACUUGUUACCUUAAAUUUAUUACGCUAUUGUUCCCACAACACUAGGAUUUUUGUUUCCUGCCGAAUGAAAAUGAAGCCAAUAAGUGGUAGAUUCUGAAACUAAGUUUUCCAGACUUUCUAAGCGUGUGUGUGUGUGUGAGUGAGAGAGUGGGUGUGUGUACAUAAUUGUGAGUGUUUGCACAGAUGUAAAUAUACAAUAACAGAACCCAGUAUUUACUGCUUUUGUAACAUAUUGUAAAUGAUUGUCAUUUGGAUUAUUUAUUGAUAACUCAAUGAGACAGUGUUUUUUUUUUUGUUUAACAAGCCACAUGCAGGCAUUUAGGAGCUAAACUCCGCUGUUUUAAAGAGUUCUGUGUUGUUAAAAGAGGGGUUUGACCCUGAUGUGUAUAAAUAGAGCUACAACAAA